AUGGCUGCAGAUAAAUCAACAGUGGAUGGUGCGUUGGCGCCUCGCCCACAGGGCUUGCGAGUCAUAUACCUUACACUGUACAACACCCUCUUCGCUGGCUUGUGGGCAUCCAUUUUCAUCACCGCUGUGACAAACGCGUCCAAGGGCAAAUUCGAGGUCUUCCAAGCGACAGAGCCACGGGCGCGAUGGGUCCAGACGCUUACAUUGAUUGAAGUCGUGCAUGCGGCGGUUGGCCUUGUGAAGUCCCCCGUGGGCACAACCGCACUCCAAGUUGUUGCGCGCACCAUCAUCGUCUGGAUGGUGUGGUUCAGCUUCCCAGAGAGCACAGCGUCGUCAAAUGCGUAUCUGGCGCUAGUUUUGGCAUGGUCUACGGCUGAUACCGUCCGCUAUGCCUAUCUCACGUUGAACCUACAUGGAAAGGCCUCCAGCGCCCUCGUUUGGCUAAGAUACACACUCUUUUACCCCCUUUAUCCAAUUGGCAUUGCGUCUGAAUGGUGGCUUCUGUACAGAGCCAUCGAGCCGGGCAGCCAAAUCAGUACCAUAAUCCCGUCAAUCUUCUAUUUCUGCUUGUGCUUGUAUAUCCCCGGAUCUUACACAAUGUACACCUACAUGAUCAAGCAGAGAAAGAAGACGCUCUCGAAGAAGGACAAAUCUCAAUGA